UUUCGAGCUAGCGCAGUCCGUUUGUUUCUUUCUCACGAUGAUUCAUUCGUUUAUCUUUAGCUUAGUAGUGCGUCCAUUGUAAAAAAAACUAAAAUUACCCUGUAAAUUAAUCGAUUUUCGGAGUAGUUUUGGUCAGCUUUAGUGCUGAUUGGUUUUAAAACCGGUUACGCGUUUGAUACAAGUUGAUUCCUAAUCCGCGAUCUGAGAUUUGGUGCGAAAAAGAAAAAAGCAAUACUGGCGAAAGGAGAGGUGAUUUUUAAAUGGUGGUGCAGUUUCGUGCAGUAAUUUCCAUUUGCAAUACUUGGCUGAAACAACAGCGAAAGAGUGGAAGAGUGGGGCAGGCAGAACAAGUGUAAGUGAAGCUAAAUUAAAGUCAAGUGCGCUCUUCAAGGUCUGCUAGAAUUCUUGGAUUAAACCAGAAACCCGCUGGAUAGUAGACCGCAUCACCACCAUGGACGGAGAGUCGGAGAAGCAACCGCUGUUGAAACAGUCAUCCCAAUCAGGUCAACCGCAAUCCUCAUCGGAACAACCACCACCAGCGGUUGUCACAGCUUCCUCAAUUGGGCCCGAUGAACUCCCACCGUCCUACCAACAGGAACAACAAAGCAGUGUUAUCGUAACGUGUCGCGUCUGCCAGGCCUUGAUAGAUAUCUCGUGGAAGAAGGAACAGCACGUUGUCAAGUGCUCACAGUGCAAUGAGGCUACGCCAAUCCGCAACGCUCCACCUGGCAAAAAGUAUGUUCGCUGCCCCUGCAAUUGUUUGCUUAUUUGUAAGAGCUCCUCCCAGCGGGUGGCCUGCCCGAGGCCCAACUGCAAGCGCAUCAUCAACCUGGCGCCGAGUCCGGUGACGCCACCGUUGCUGUCGAUGCCCGGCAUGUGCCGUGUCAGCUGCGGCCACUGUCACGAUACAUUUUUGUUCGACACAAUGAAAAAUAACCUGGCCAGGUGCCCUCACUGUCGCAAGGUUUCUUCGGUCGGUGCAGACUUUUGUCGUAAGCGGCGUAAUCUGCUGCUGCUUGGAGGAUUGAUUUUCUUAGGAAUCGGUAUAGGCGUUACAUACGGUACUAUGAGCUACGCAAGGAGCCACAAUGGAAUGUAUAUUGCCUACAUCAGUCUGUUUUUGGUCGCUUUGCUUUUGUUCGCCAAGACGAUAUACUACUGCACGCUGAAAGUGAGUAGCGUGGAAGGAGCAAUCUAAAGAGAGCCAUGGAAAAGUUCUCCUAGUUCAACGUCUUCUGUGCAGGUGUCGUUCCCUAUCUUCAAAAGAGAAAAAAAGGUAACCGGAAAAUCAAAAGAAAUUUUCUUUGCCCAUACACAACACUAGGAAACGAACAAUUUAUAGACAUUCCCAAGAGUGAACAGCACGAUAGCAAUCGAGGAUGUAUUAAUGUAGAACUCAUACACAAACUUUGUUAUUCGCUGCUGCCGAAUAGUGAUGGUUCCCAAACAGAUACAACAAUGCAGGUACAUUUUGUGUUAAAAACCUUCGAAUUAGCCACAGAUCUGGUUUAUUGGUUACAGAAUAAGAUGUGAAAGCCAUAUUCAAAUUUAACAGUGGAUGAGCUCGAACAAGGACAUUAGAAAAUGAUCUACGCUGUAACUCCCAAAGCGGUAGUAGAUGGUGAUGAGUAGCAUUAAGAUAAAGCAUAUAAAAAGAUCAUCGAUACAUAUAAUAGAUAUGAUUUACUGGAACGUAUUUUUUACAUUUUACAUAUUGUAAUCACUCAUUCUGAAUUUAUAUGCUGUAUAAAUUAACCGGAUAAGUGCAGGAAGUGAUGUUUCUGAUCUUAUGUUUAAGAAAAGUUAUAUUUAAUUUAAUUAUAAAAUAAACUAUACGCAGAAACUGUAUGUUUGAAAAUACA